AUGGGCUCCUUCAAGUCAGGAUAUCCUACGUCUGACGUCACGAUGGUCGACUCCAAGGGUACAAAGGCGCUGCAAUGCGAGAACUUAUCGUAUUGUUACGGCGGAGGGGCGACAAUCCACGACAGAGCUCUCAGCGAGCCGAAGCUCAUCGAUGUGAGCUGUGCCUUCGAAGAAGGCUGCCGAGUGCUCGUGGUCGGAGGCAACGGGGCUGGCAAGUCCACCCUGCUCUCGAUCAUGGGCGGCAAGAAGAUGAUCCCUCGGAGUGACUGCAAAAUCUUGGGGAAGCCCGUGUUCCACGAUUCCACCCUGAAUCUGGAGCGCAUGUACUGUGGCGACUGGUGGCGAACCGAUUUUUUCUUCAACAUCACGGUUGCCGAACUCAUCGGGGACAAGCUUCUGAACACGCCACGGGUGCAGGAGUUGAUUGAUAUUAUGCAGAUUAACACUACAUGGUACAUCAAUGCCAUCAGCGAUGGUCAAAGACGCAGGUGCCAGCUGCUAGAAUGCCUUGCAGAAGAGAAGAAGGUCUACAUCCUGGACGAAAUAACAACGGACCUGGACCUCUUCGCUCGUGAAGGUCUGCUAAGAUUCCUGCGCAGGGAGUCUGAGGAGAAGGGAGCGACCAUCUUCUACGCAACGCAUAUCUUUGACCACUUGGCUGAGUGGGCAACUCAUGUGCUCUAUUUCGCCCAGGGCAAGAUCGAAUGUUGCUGCCCUCUUGCCGAAUUGAAAGAGUACCAUGCCUUGGUGGCUCAGGGUACCCGAUGCCCACUGUAUGCCCUUAUGAAGGACUGGAUCUCUCGCAGCUACGGUGGAGUGGAGCAGGACUGCUCCACGACCGGACCGAGCGUGGAGGAAGUUGAUGGGCCAGUGCUGGAAACAAAGAAUCUGACCUACUCGUAUGCCGGCGGCAGUCCUCAGCUCAAGAACGUGUCCUUCCACUUCGGCCGUGGUGCACGGAUCCUUGUGGUUGGAGCAAACGGCGCGGGCAAGUCCACCUUGCUCUCAAUUCUGGGCGGCAAGCGCAUGAUCCCACGUGGCCAUGCGAGUGUGAUGAAGAAAGACUGUUUCCACGAUGGUGGUGUCUCGCAGCACAUCAUGUACUGCGGUGACUGGUGGAGAACGAAAUUCUUCAUGAACCUGACGGUCGGAGCUUUGUUGGGAGACAUCGCCAAGUCUGAGCGGUCCCAGCACCUGGCCAAAGUUCUGCAGGUGGACAUGGAGUGGAAAAUCAACGAGGUCUCCGAUGGCAUGCGCCGUCGCUGUCAACUUUUGGAAUGCCUCGCAACUCCUCGAUCUGUGUACCUCAUGGAUGAGAUCACAUCCGAUCUAGAUCUCUUCGCCCGAGAGGGCAUCCUUAACUUCCUCCGGGCAGAAUGUGAAGUGCGCGGUGCGACGAUCUUCUACUGCACCCACAUCUUCGACCAUUUGGAGGGCUGGGCCAGCCACCUGCUCCACCUCUCGCAGGGCGAGGUGGUGAAGUUCUGCACGAUGGACGAAGUCUCCGAGUAUCAUGACCUGUGCAAGGAGGGUAACGCCACCCCUUUGUAUUCACUGGUGCGACGGUGGAUCUAUCAGGAGUACGAUGCCAGCGAGGGCGCGCAGCCCUGGAGGAAACUGGCAAAGACGGAGGAUGGCCGUCUUCCUAACUUGGGUCUCGCAGGGCCCUUCCAGAUGACGAGUGGAUGA